AUGGAGUCGGGAAACUCCAGCGCUGCUAGACACCUUGGAUCCUGCUUCAGGGGAGUGAAUGUCAGCGAGGAAUACAAGGAACAGCUGGCUUCUCCUUGGUUCGCCACAACUUUUGGCCUGAUUGGUCUCUUCUCCAACCUCUUUGCCUUGUGCGCUCUGGUCAAUUCCUCCAGGAAGAUGCAGAGCUCGUCCGGUUCCUUCUUUUUGGUCUUUCUCUGUGGCUUGGUGGUGACGGAUUUCCUGGGUCUUCUGCUCACGUUCGUCAUCGUGAUUCCCUACCACUUCCUCCGCUUUGACUGGAUGGAUGUAGAUCCUGGAUGCCACCUCUGCAACUUCCUGGGCUUCAUCAUGGUCUUUUUCGGGCAGUGCCCACUCCUGUUAGGUGCCACCAUGGCCGGAGAGCGUUUUAUAGGUAUCAACCGACCCUUUUCCCGGUCUGCUGGUAUUUCCAAACGCAGGGCCUGGACCUUGGUGGGUGUGGUGUGGGCUUUGGGUUCCUUUUUCGGCCUCUUACCCUUUUUGGGCCUGGGGGACUAUAGCCUGCAGUACCCCAACUCCUGGUGUUUUCUCACUUUGGUCCAUGAUGCCCGGAAUGUUGUUUUCUGCUUCCUGUUUGCCCUGCUGGGCCUCCUCUGUGUGGGUCUUUCCUUCCUCUUCAAUACAAUCAGCGUUGUGACCCUUUGCCGAGUCUACCACGACUCUGAGUCCGUGCAACGCCGGAGGGACAGCGAAGUGGAGAUGAUGGUCCAGCUUUUGAUGAUCAUGGUUAUCGCAAGUGUCUGUUGGCUUCCCUUGUUGAUACUCAUUCUCCAGAAAGCUCUUCAAGAGCCGCCUCCCGGCCUGCUGCCCAAUCAGAUCCCCCAGGAAACUGAGAAGUUGCUGCUCAUCUACGUCCGGGUGGCCACUUGGAACCAGAUUCUCGAUCCCUGGGUCUACAUCCUCUUCCGCCGAGCAGUGCUGAGACGCAUCUACCCCAGCUUCAAGCCCAGGCCUUCUAUUGUCUCCCUUUACCCGGUGCUCAACCCAUCCCUACGGAGGAAAUUUACUCAGGAAUCAGUGUUGCAGUAGCAAGAUAUUGUGCUGAGGUC